AAAAUCAUCACAAGAAGGAGAUUUUGACAUCCGUCGCACUGCCAACUUUUCAUCCCACGCAUUUGACAAGUUUUUGUUAUCUGCGCGUUCUCUCCUUGAUCCGAUCGGGGGAUUGAUGGCAACCACUGUGUAUCUUACUGUAGUGAUCAUGCAAACGAGUUAAACUGCACAGCAAAAGCACACAAGUGCCGUCCCCCCCGUCGUCCCAGAUCAUGGAAUAGGUCAAGGAGGGCAAAAGAGAGAGAAAGGGAAAUGCCCGGCCAAAAUAAUAAUCCCCCAGGUCUAUAAAAGCUGGCAACUGUUCCGCCCUUCCACUUUUGUUCCUCCAAGUUCCCCACAAGCACUAACUACCCAAAGCUACUACACUCUUUUUGUACCUCAUUAUACCCUCAAAAUGGUUCGCUUGACUUCCUUCCUCUGCCUCGUGUUGGCAUCUGUUGCCUCGGCUUCCCCAGUGUUGCAAAAGCGUGCUGGUGAUGUCAUCCCCGGCCAGUACAUUAUUACCUUCAAGGAAUCCAACAACUUUGCCCCCCGGAACGUUGACGCUCUCAUCAACGACAUCCUCGGCUCAGUCAAGACUGACCUCCGUCGCGCAGAGUCGGCCGAACUCCUCCACAAGUACGACUUUGGUAGUGGCCAGCUCCAAGGUUUCGCUGCAAAGUUGGAAGCCGAUGCUCUCACAAAGGUCCAGGCUCACCCCGAAGUUCAGGCCAUUGAGCCCGACACCGUCGUCACGCUCGAGGCCACCCAGAGUGGCUUGGACAGGGGCUUGUGGGGUAUUGAUUCCCUCGACGGCCGCGUUGACGGCUCAUACACCUACCCCGACAGCGCUGGCGCUGGUGUAGACGCCUACGUCAUCGACACUGGUGUGACCGUCAACCACCCUGACCUUCGCGGCCGCGCAACCUGGGGUGCUUCCUUCACCGGUGAAUCCGGACAGACCGACGGAAACGGCCACGGUACCCACGUGGCUGGUACCAUCGGUGGUAGCACCUACGGUGUUGCCAAAAAGGUCAACAUCAUUGGUGUCCGUGUCCUUGGUGCCGACGGAAGUGGCUCUAACUCCGGGGUUGUUGCGGGUAUGAACUGGGUCGCUGACAGGGCGAGAUCGACUGGACGCAAGUCUGUUGCCAACAUGUCCCUUGGUGGUAGCAAAUCUUCGGCCACCGACAACGCUGCCCGUGCUUUGAUCAACGCCAACGUUGCAUUGGCCGUUGCUGCCGGUAACUCUGCAAAGGACUCGUGCACUGGAUCUCCCUCCAACGUCAAGGAAGCUUUCACCGUCGCCGCCUCGGAUGUGAACAACAGGUUUGCCUCCUUCUCCGAGUUUGGUCCCUGUGUUGACAUUAUCGCCCCCGGUGUUCAAAUCAAGUCUGCAUGGAACAACGGUGGCACCAACACCAUCUCUGGUACCAGCAUGGCCACUCCCCACGUUACCGGUGCUCUUGCCGUUGCCUACAGCCAGCGCUCCUUCUCCUCCCCCGCGGAAGCUUUCCAAUUCAUCCUCAGCAAGGCCAAGACCAACGCCAUCUCUGGUGUUCCCUCUGGUACUCCCAACAAGUUCCUCCAGAUCUAGAUUUCUAGAGUAGCGGUAGUUGCUUUGGGGUAGACAUUUUACCUUUCCUUGACUAGCAGGCUCCAGUUAAGGAUUAGACAUUAGUAUGAUUCUAUGCGUCUGUGGAUAUUGAGCAGACAUCAAUAAAAUGUCUCGUGAUAAACA